ACUCUUCUCCUUUUCUUUUCUUCUGUCUUGUUUUUAUUUUAUUUUAUUAUUAUUAUAAUUUUUGUGUCUUUCGGGUUUCAAGAACUGAUCACGUGAAUGUCUUUUAGAUUUCGAUCUCCUCACUGCACUCUCUGUCCUUCAAAAGGGUUUUCCCAUUCUCUUAAUUCCUUAGAUAUCUCUCUCUCUCUCUCUCUCUCUCUCUCUCUCUCUCUCUCUCUCUCUCUCUCCAUGACUGAUGAUGACCAAGACUCGUCACUUUCUCCUUUUGCCGUGGAUCAGCAUGAUCAACUCAACAGCAGCACUGCAAAAUCUCAAGCUUGCUUAUCUUCCUCUCACUCUAGUCAUUUUUUCACCUACCCAAUCCAAGAUCAAGGAGGAUUUUGUCAUAGGGAGAUCAUACCCCAACUAAAUUAUAAACAGGCUGCUAAUUUAGCUUCGGGAGGAUCAAACCAUCAUCAAACACCGGAAGGUGAGAGUGAUCGCCGCGUGAAACCAUCCUUAUGGAAGAAAGAAAAUGGAUCUCGUGAGAAUCAAAGUGAUGACCACAACGGUCCGAUCGAGUGGAUGCCUACAAAGAAAAGGCUGAUCCUCAAGAUGAUGGAGCCGGCGGACCCGUGUCGACCCGGAAGAGAUGAUCAAACGCCAACCAACGCCCAACUUAUCAAGUUUGAAGAUCAGAAAUAUUUGCAAGCUGCUAGUUCAUCUUCUUUGGAAAGUACUAAACAUGGCAGCAACUCAAUUAGGGUUUGCUCGGAUUGUAAUACUACCAAGACCCCUCUAUGGAGAAGUGGACCUAGAGGCCCUAAGUCACUCUGCAACGCUUGCGGAAUCCGGCAAAGGAAGGCGAGGAGGGCCAUGGCAGCCGCUGCCGCGGCAGCAGCAAAUGGCACUACAACUCUUGAGGCUGAGACUUCACCAACAAAGAGUACUGAAGUGCAACUCAAAGAUAAGAGAGCCACCAAUAUUGAUGGUUAUAUCACAAAGUACAAGAAAAGGUCCAAAAUUUCCACCACCACCACCACAUCUCACGGGAAAAAGAAGAAGAUAUGCUUUGAGGAGUUCUUGAGCAAUAAUUUGGCAUUUCACAGAGUUUUUCCACAAGAUGAGAAGGAAGCGGCUAUCCUCUUAAUGGCUCUAUCUUGUGACCUUGUUCAUGGUUGAGAAUUUCCAUUACUCCUUGUGAGUUUAUGGAAAUUAUAUAUGUUUGUAAAUCAAUUUUUUUUUCUUGGGUUUUCUCAGAAGAGGGACCAGAGGAUGUUUGUGUGUGAGAGAGAGAUGCCAAAAAAUUCAAUAAGUUAGAACAGAAAUAAGUUUGGGAUCAGCUCAUAGCCUGAGGGGAGGAGUACUUUGAUAAUUAGUUAUGUGGAUUUGAACAGGGUGAUAAUCAGAUCGAAAAUGCAUGGAUCUCUUGUUCACCGAUC